AACGCGCAGGUUGACCAAUCGUUCAAGAAUGUCGAGCCGAAUCUGCAGAAUGCCGGCGGAAAAGGGUGGGAACAGGUCUUUCGCGUCAAUUCGUACCAUGUUCCUAUCUUUGCUCACUGCUGAUCGGCUUACAAACAAACUGUCGGGAAGUGUCUUGUAGCGCGAGGUGAGACGUGAAUAAUCGUGGCGCGUCCACCUGCGUCGGCUGUAGAUAUCUACAAACGGAACUGUAAAGUCGUUGUUGCUGAGAUGGACACUCGGACCAUAGUCCUGGUCGCUUUGGGCAGUAUCUUGGGGGGGGGGAGGGGUGCGGUUCCUGCGGAGCAAACUGGUGUUUCGAGUUUCAACGCUUGCGAGAAUGAGCUGUGGCAAUUUCGUAUAUAUUCCUCGAAUGUCGUCUGCUCUCCCCCUCCUGUCCCUUCAUCCUGCACCCCGCCUGUUGUUCCUCAAACUGCUUAAACUGCUCCCCAGCGUGCCUCAAUCUUUCCUCGGUAUGCUUUCCGUGGCUCUCUUCUUCAGUAUAUUUCCCCUACAAUGGAAGGGAGAGUUGUUUGUAAUCUGGUGAGCUGUUGGUGGCAAUGACGCGUAGAGGUCACAGGCGCGGCUGUGAACAGUGGAGCAGGGAUUCGGCCUUGAGUAGAUAGUGGUUGGGAUCUGCAGGUGCGAUUUAUUUCCCUUUUUCUGAUGCGUUCUUUCUCGUCCUCGUUCUGUCUAAAUGAUUGUCCAAGGAUGAGAGUGGG